AUGAACACCUGGGAAUUGAGCAACCGCUUUGCAAUCCUCCAGCGAGACGCCACGGACCCUCCCCCUCCGCCGGCGCCUGCAGUGCGUUCCUACGCCGCUGCAGCAGCCGCAGCUCGCCCAAAUGCGCCUCCCGAACCGCCAGCAGCGCCCCGCGCUUCCGCCCCCUCGAAACCCGCGCCCCGCACGUCCCUCAUCGCCGGCACCGCGGACCUCCCCGAGACGCACUUCCUCCGCGCUCUCCCCGAGCACCGGAUCCUCCCCUGCGUGCGCAAGAUGAUGGUCAGCUCGUCCCUCGACCCCUCGACCCUUGUCUAUGCCCGACGCAUGGACAGGGGGGACGUACGACUCGUCACCCGCGGACCUUCUGCCGCCGACCUCCUCCACCGCGCCCUCUCCGCCUACUCGGCCGAGAUCGUGGUGAAGAUGCCGGUCGAGGCAACGUCGUUGGUGAUGCACUGGGUGCCGGUCGAUGCGGACGAGGUGGAAGUGCGAGAGAAGGUGGAAGAGUGGGUCGGCGGUGAAGGAAAGGUUGUCGGAGCCAAGUGGCUGUCGCGGCAGGCGGAUAAGUCGUACGGAUUGUGGUUCGUGGAGUUGUGCAAUGCGGAGGACGUCAGCGUAAUCUUACGUGAGGCGGUCCGCCAACUCAGGCCGGGAGUGUGGGUGGAGAUGGAGAGGGCCAAAUCGGUGGCGGAGAGGAGAGCGGAAGCGAGGAAGCAGAUGGACAAAGCCCACGCACCGCUCGAACCAAACACCCGCACGUCCACCCCAGCCCACAACUCCGCUGCUCCCCUCCCUUCGCCCGACACGACGAUCAAGUCUCCGCCACAGACGCCGCCCCGCUCGGCGGGACCGCAUGGAACAAUGGCAACAGGUUACCUUGGUACGACGGCAAGCGCGAGUGCGGCAAACCUUUCGUUGAGGAUGCUGGUUGACGAGUCGUCAGGUGACGGGCCGUCUGCCUUCCUCGAGACGUCGUCUCGCGCAUCCCUAAUCCCGCUCCCGCGCUCACCGACGCCAACCGUCGAUGACCUGCGACCUGAGCCGGUGGCGGAUUGGUCGGUUGAUGCGGAAGAAGAAGAGGUCGAGCGAGAAGAGAAGAGCGAGUCGGAGAGGGAGGAGGUUGCGACGGCGGCGGACGACUUGGCGGAUCUGGGCGCGCGUCGUCUCCUCAUCGGAGGACGAGCUGCUCCUCCGCCCCAACCCGCCGCCGCCGCCUUCGCAGAUGAGGAGGACGACGAAGACGAGCCUCCGCUUAUGAGCAAGCUCGUCGUUGUCACCUACAACAUCCACCGCAGCCCAGACGUAUGGGCGCAACUCGUCAACUCGCCCGCACUUCAGCGAGUCGACGUCCUCCUCCUCCAAGAAGUGCCCCGUUCCCUUCAUCCUUUACCCCGCGGCUGGUCCCUUGUUCUCCCUCCGCCCAUCACAUACACGACAGACAAGCCAACUCACCCCCAAUCCGCCGCGCUCGUCUCCCCUUGUUUCCCGCCCUCCGCCUUCUCGCAACUCCCGGUCGCGUCGAGAGACGUCGUCGGCGGCCGCUCCCCACCCAACCGCUCCGUUCGAGAAGCCCUUCCGCCAAUCCUCGCAUCCUCGUCACCGCAGACCACCCUCGUCAUCGCCGGCGACUUCAACCUCCACCACCCGGCCUGGAACGCGUCCGUCCUCGAGCCUGACGACGAAGGAGAGGAGGCCCAAAUCACCUUUGAGGAAGCCGGACUUGUCCACCUGCAUGAGGCGAGCGAGGCAACUUGGUCGUUGUCGAGAUCGAGUCGAGUGCUCGACUUGGUGCUAGGGAACCUGCGCGCGGACGAACGACUUGUCAGCUCAGUCAUUGACGAGAAGCUCGAGUACGGAUUGGACCACCGCCCGAUACGCACUGUCCUUGCCGUCGAACGAGCAGACCGCCCGCCGGCCUACCCCCGCCGCCUCUUCCGCAAAGCCGACCCAGCAACCAUCCUCCGCGCCUACGCCAAACUCGCCACGUCUGUCGCGUGGCCUGCAGCCCUUCUCACGCUGAUUCUCUGCCCGCUGUACGAGCAGGCUCGACACUCCUUCUACAAGCACAUCCGGCUUCGCCAGACCCCCACCGUUGGCUUACUCCUCGGCAACGUCAACUUUCGCCAGCCUCUUCUCGACUUCAUCACAACUACCGGCCGCUUCGCCCGCCUGACGGAGCCAGCAAAGGAUGAGGAGCGGGAAAAGAAUACAAGGGAAGGAUUCGACAACAGCGGGACGUAG